AUGAAGAUAAAGCCCAUUUCCCACAAGACCGAGAAUACGCACCGGUUUCUUACAUUUGCUGAAAGACUAGGAAAUGUGAAUAUCGAUAUUAUCCACCGGAUCGAUAGAACUGCAAGCUAUGAUGAGGAGGUUGAAACCUACUUUUUCGAGGGCCUGCUGAAAUGGAGAGAACUGAACCUUACAGAACACUUUGGGAAAUUUUACAAAGAAGUUAUUGACAAAUGCCAGUCUUUUAAUCAGCUGGUCUAUCAUCAAAAUGAGAUUGUUCAGAGUUUGAAGACUCAUCUACAAAUUAAGAACAGUUUUGCUUAUCAGCCCCUUUUGGACUUGGUUGUGCAAUUGGCGAGAGAUCUGCAGACGGACUUCUAUCCACAUUUUCAAGACUUUUUUCUGACCAUCACGUCAAUCCUGGAGACACAAGAUACAGAGUUGCUAGAAUGGGCAUUCACCUCGCUGUCAUACCUUUACAAGUACCUGUGGAGAUUAAUGGUGAAGGACAUGUCCAAUAUAUACAGCAUGUACAGUACACUCCUGGCUCAUAACAAACUGCAUAUAAGAAAUUUUGCUGCUGAAAGCUUUACUUUUCUGAUGAGAAAGGUUUCUGAUAAAAAUUCGCUUUUCAAUUUAAUGUUUCUUGAUCUUGACAAACAUCCAGAAAAGGUGGAAGGAGUUGGACAGUUGCUCUUUGAAAUGUGCAAAGGAGUUAGAAAUAUGUUUCACUCUUGUACAGGCCAGGCAGUAAAGCUAAUUUUACAAAAGCUAGGACCUGUUACUGAAAGAGAAACUCAACUCCCAUGGAUUUUAGUUGGAGAAACACUCAAAAGCAUGGUCAGAUCCACCGCAUUCUACAUCUCCAAAGAACAUUUCCAGACCUUUUUUGAAUGUUUGCAAGAAUCACUCCUGGAUCUGCAAACUCAAGUAAUGGAAACUAACUAUUGUGAAUGGUCUGAACAGAUUAAAAGGUUGUUAGAGACCUAUCUGAUUCUUGUGAAAUAUGGAAAUGGAUCAAAAAUAACCAACCCUGUUGACGUUUGUAAGGUAUUAUCUCAAACAUUGGAAACAGCCACUCUCUCCACAUCUUGCCGGAAGACUCUCUUGGAUGUCAUUUCUGCUUUGAUCCUAGGCGAGAAUGUUUCCUUGCCAGAAACUCUCAUCAAAGAAACCAUAGAAAAAGCUUUUGAGAGCGGUUUUGAAAGACGUUUAAUUUUGGAUUUUUCUGAAGUCAUGUUUGCUAUGAAACAGUUUGAGCAGCUUUUUCUACCAAGCUUUCUCUCAUAUAUUGAGAACUGCUUCUUGAUUGAAGACUUUACAGUUAAAGAUGAAGCUCUCGCCAUUUUGGCCAAACUCAUUCUCAACAAAGCACCACCUCCUACUGCUGGUUCGAUGGCAAUUGAAAAGUACCCUCUGGUUUUCUCACAGCAAACAGUGGGAUCCUAUUUAAGGAAGAAGAAGACUGGAUGUAAGGGAGAAAAGAACCAGAUUCCAGUAUUGGAUCAUCUCUUGUCUAUAAUUCAGUUACCUCCAAAUAAAGAUGCUACUUACCUCUCGCAUUCAUGGGCAGCCUUGGUAGUGUUACCUCAUAUCAGACUGCUUGAGAAAGAGAAGGUGAUACCCCUCGUCACAUGCCUCAUAGAGUCACUCUUCACGUCUGUUGACAAAGGGAGUUUUGGAAAAGGAAGUUUAUUUGUCCUUUGUCAAGCUGUAAAUACUCUGCUAAGUUUGGAAGACUCGACUGAACUUCUCCAUUUGGUUCCUGUGGAACGUGUGAAGAACUUAAUAUUAAUGUUUCCUCUGGAGCCCUCUGUGUUGCUGUUGGCUGAUCUCUAUUAUCAGAGAUUAUCCUUAUGUGGCUGCAAAGAACCACUCUCCCAGGAAGCUUUGAUGGAAUUAUUUUCGAAGUUACAAGCAAACAUUUCAACUGGUGUAUCCAAGAUUCGCCUUUUGACAAUAAGGAUUCUAAACCAUUUUGAGGUUCGGCUUCCGGAACUGAUGGAGGACGAAGGGCUCUCAGAGCGCCAGUCUGUCUUUGCUAUAAUACGCCAGGCAGAGCUGAUCCCUGCAACUGUGAGUGAUUACAGAGAGAAACUGCUACAUCUGAGGAAACUAAGGCAUGAUGUGGUGCGGACUGCAGUCCCCGAUGGACCGUUGCAGGAGGUGCCGAUUCGUUAUUUAUUAGGCAUGUUAUAUGUUAAUUUCAGUCCUCUCUGGGAUCCUGUCAUCGAGCUCAUAAGUUCUCAUGCCCACGAAAUGGAAAAUAAGCAAUUCUGGAAAGUCUACUAUGAGCAUCUAGAGAAAGCAGCCAUGCAUGCCGAGAAAGAGCUACAGAGUGAGGAAACUUCUGAAGAGCAGUCUAUUGGAGACGGAAGUUGGGAGCAGGCCCAAGAAGGAGAUGUCGGAACUCUUUAUCAUAAAGAGUUAGCUUUGAGAACCGAGUGUCGGGAAAGACUGGAUCAUACCAACUUCCGAUUUUUGCUUUGGCGAGCUCUGGCAAAAUUCCCAGAGAGAGUAGAGCCACGGUCCAGGGAGCUUUCCCCACUUUUCUUGAGAUUUAUCAACAAUGAAUAUUACCCAGCAGAUCUGCAAGUGGCUCCAGCCCAGGAUCUACAGAAAAAAGGCAAAAGGGUGACAGCAGAGGAAACGGAAGAGGAACCAGCUACCAGAGAUGAUGAAGAGUUGGAAGAAGAAGAAGAAACACCCCAAGACGAACCCACACAGAAAAAGAAGACAAGAAGAGCUGCAGCAAAGCAGUUAAUUGCUCAUUUACAGGUUUUCUCUAAGUUUUCAAAUCCACGGGCCUUAUAUCUGGAAUCCAAAUUAUAUGAGCUGUAUCUUCAGUUGUUGCUACACCAAGAUCAAACGGUACAGAAAAUAACCUUGGAUUGCAUAAUGACAUAUAAACACCCUCAUAUCCUUCCUUAUAGGGAAAAUUUGCUAAGAUUGCUUGAAGACAGAAGCUUUAAGGAAGAAAUUGUGCAUUUUAGCAUUUCGGAAGAUAGUACAGUAGUGAAAUCAGCCCACCGAGCAGAUCUUUUCCCUAUUCUAAUGAGAAUUUUGUAUGGUCGGAUGAAGAACAAGACUGGGACUAAAACUCAGGGGAAAUCUGCUUCCGGCACCCGUAUGUCCAUUGUGCUGAGGUUCCUUGCUGGCACUCAGCCUGAGGAGAUCCAGAUAUUCUUAGACCUGCUGUUUGAACCUGUGAAGCACUUCAAGGAUGGAGAGUGCCACUCUGCAGUCAUCCAAGCAGUGAAAGAUUUGGAUUUGUCUAAAGUUCUUCCUUUGGGUCGGCAGCAUGGUAUCUUAAACAGCCUUGAAAUCGUGCUGAAGAACAUCAGUCAUCUGAUCAGUGCAUACUUACCAAAGAUUUUGCAGAUACUGCUUUGUAUGACAGCCACCGUGUCCCACAUACUUGACCAACGGGAAAAGAUACAACUGAGGCUUAUUAAUCCACUGAAAAAUUUAAGACGUCUUGGAAUCAAAAUGAUAACUGACAUCUUUUUGGAUUGGGAGUCAUAUCCAUUCAGAACAGAAGAAAUUGAUGCUGUGUUUCAUGGUGCAGUUUGGCCCCAGAUCAGCAGACUUGGAUCUGAGAGCCAAUACUCUCCUACUCCUCUACUGAAGCUAAUUAGUGUCUGGAGCAGAAAUUCAAGAUAUUUCCCUUUUCUGGCUAAGCAGAAACCUGGGCAUCCAGAGUGUGAUAUCUUGACCAAUGUUUUUGCAAUUCUCUCAGCAAAGAAUCUCUCAGAAGCCACAGCUAGUAUUGUGAUGGAAAUAGCUGAUGACCUUCUUAACCUUCCAGAUUUUGAACCCACAGAAACCGUCGUGAGCUUGCCAGUAACAGGAUGUGUAUACACUGACGUAGCAGAAGAUGUAGCUGAGUCCAUAACGAUAGGAGGAAGAUUACUGCUACCUCAUGUGCCUGUAAUUCUUCAGUAUCUCAGCAAAACUACAAUAAGUGCAGAAAAAGUGAAAAAGAAAAAGAACAGGGCACAAGUCAGCAAGGAACUUGGCAUUCUUUCAAAGAUCAGCAAGUUUAUGAAAGACAAAGAACAGAGUUCUGUACUUAUUACACUUCUCCUUCCCUUUCUCCACCGAGCCAAUAUUCCUCAGGAAACAGAGCUUGACAUUCUGGUGACAGUGCAAAACUUGUUAAAGCAUUGCUUGGACCCUCCAAGCUUCCUCAAGCCUCUAGCAAGACUGUUCUCAGUUAUUAAGAACAAGUUGUCAAGACAGUUGCUUUGUGCAGUUUUCCAGCAUCUUUCUGAUUUUGAGAGUGGAUUGAAGUACAUUACUGAUGUUGUCAAGCUUAACGCCUUUGAUCAAAGACAUCUUGAUGACAUCAAUUUUGAUGUUCGCUUCUCAACGUUCCAGACCAUCACAUCUUACAUUAAAGAAAUGCAAACCGUAGAUGUGAAUUUCCUAAUUCCAGUUAUGCAUAAUUGUUUCUAUAAUCUGGAGUUAGGAGACAUGUCUCUAAGUGAUAACGCCAGUGUGUGCUUGAUGAGUAUCAUCAAAAGGUUAGCCGCUCUGAACUUCACAGAGAAAGACUAUCGAGAAAUCGUUCAUCGCUGUCUCCUGGAGGCACUGAGGAAAGGGUUGAGGAGCAAGACCGAGAGUAUUCAACAGGAUUACACCACACUGCUUUCCUGUUUAAUUCAAACCUUUCCAGACCAACCGGAAUUUAAAGACUUGGUACAGCUUACUGAUUACCACGAUCCAGAAAUGGACUUCUUUGAGAACAUGAAGCAUAUCCAGAUUCACAGAAGAGCAAGAUCCAUGAAGAAACUGGCAAAUCAACUAAUGGAAGGCAAAAUUGUGCUGUCUUCUAAAUCUCUUCAAAACUAUAUCCUGCCAUAUGCCAUGACUCCAAUUUUUGAUGAGAAAAUGCUCAAGCAUGAAAAUAUAACCAUUGCUGCCACUGAGGUGAUUGGAGCUGUGUGUAAGCAUCUCUCUUGGUCAGCUUACAUAUAUUACUUGAAACAUUUCAUUCACGUCUUAUGUACAGGACAGAUCAAUCAAAAGUUGGGUGUCAGUUUGCUGGUAAUAGUAUUAGAAGCAUUCCACUUUGACUACAAAACUCUUGAAGAACAAAUGGGGAAAAUUCAGAAUGAAGAAAACACAAUAGAAGUGAUUGAGGUACCAGAGCAUGAAGUCAUGGAAUUGGAAGAAGGAGGAAAGGAGGGAGGAGAAGAGAAGGAAAAUGGAUGUAAGAAUCUAUCAAACGACAAGGAAGAAGCAGCGUUAGCCACAAAGUCCUUAUCCUGCCUUCCUCAGAAUAAAGAGGAAUUGGAAAGAACAAUUAAAAAUAUCCAAGGAACCAUAAUGGGAGAUAUUCUACCCAAGCUACACAAAUGUCUGGCAUCAACGACCAAAAGAGAAGAAGAGCACAAGCUGAUCAAGUCAAAGGUGGUGAAUGAUGAGGAAGUGGUUCGCGUUCCAUUAGCUUUUGCCAUGGUUAAGCUAAUGCAGUCUCUUCCACAAGAAGUGAUGGAAACAAAUCUUCCAAGUAUUCUGCUGAAAGUGUGUGCCCUUCUCAAGAAUAGAGCACAGGAAAUCAGGGACAUUGCACGCAGCACUCUCACAAAGAUUCUCGAGGAUCUGGGUGUGCACUACCUCCAGUAUAUUUUAAAGGAGUUGCAGACGACGCUUGUCCGUGGCUACCAGGUCCAUGUGCUAACUUUUACUGUUUACACGUUGCUGCAAGGCCUCACUAACAAGCUACAAGUUGGGGAUUUGGACUCCUGUAUAGAUAUAAUGAUUCAGAUUUUCAACCUUGAGUUGUUUGGUGCCAUUGCUGAAGAAAAAGAAGUAAAACAGAUCCUAUCUAAAGUCAUGGAAGCACGAAGAAGCAAGAGUUACGAUUCUUAUGAAAUUCUGGGGAAAUUUGUAGGAAAAGAUCAAGUUACAAAGCUUAUCCUUCCGUUAAAAGAGAUCUUACAAAAUACCACAAGUUUAAAACUGGCCCGGAAAGUUCAUGAAACCUUACGCCGAAUCAUAGCAGGAUUAAUUGGGAAUCCAGAAAUGACAACAGAAGCCAUCCUAUUGCUCAGUUAUGGUUUGGUCAGUGAAAAUCUCCCCCUGUUAACAGAGAAAGAAAAGAGUCUACCAGCCCCUGCACCAGAUCCACGCCUGCCACCCCAGAGCUGUCUCCUGCUCCCCCCAACUCCAGUUCGAGGUGGACAGAAAGCCCUCGUGAGCAAGAAAACCAACAUGCACAUAUUUAUUGAAUCUGGACUUCGGCUGCUACAUCUGAGUCUGAAGAAUUCCAAGAUCCAGUCUUCAAGUGAGCAUGUGUUGGAAAUGUUGGACCCUUUUGUGUCUCUUUUCCUAGACUGCCUGGGUUCCAUGGACGUGAAGGUGAUCACGGGCACUUUGCAGUGCCUCAUCUGGGUCUUGAGGUUCCCCCUGCCUUCCCUAGAAACAAAAGCAGAACAGCUGACAAAACACUUGUUCCUUUUGCUGAAGGAUUAUGCAAAACUUGGAGCUGCCAAGGGCCAGAACUUCCACCUGGUGGUCAGUUGUUUCAAGUGUGUGACCGUACUUGUGAAGAAAGUGAAGUCUUACCAGAUAACUGAAAAACAGCUGCAUGUCCUACUGGCAUAUGCAGAGGAGGACAUCUAUGACACCUCAAGACAAGCGACAGCAUUUGGUCUUCUCAAGGCCAUUUUAUCAAGAAAGCUGUUGGUUCCAGAAAUAGAUGAAGUCUUACGGAAAGUGUCCAAGUUGGCAAUUUCGGCACAAAGUGAACCUGUCAGAGUCCAGUGCAGACAGGUUUUCCUGAAAUACAUCCUUGACUAUCCCCUUGGUGACAAACUGAGACCAAACUUGGAAUUCAUGCUCGCUCAACUGAAUUAUGAACAUGAGACGGGGAGAGAGUCUGCCUUGGAAAUGGUCGCCUAUCUCUUCGACAGCUUCCCUCAGGGACUGCUCCAUGAGAACUGCGGGCUGUUCUUUCUUCCUCUUUGUCUGAUGAUGGUGAACGAUGACUCUGCCACGUGCAAGAAGAUGGCCUCCAUGGCAGUCAAAUCCUUACUCAGUAAAAUCAGCCUGGAGAAAAAGGACUGGCUCUUUGAGAUGGUCACCAGCUGGUUCACUGCGAGGAAGAGGUUAAAUAGACAGCUGGCUGCCCUGAUCUGUGGCUUAUUCGUUGAAAGUGAAGGAGUUGCUUUUGAGAGGAGACUGCAAACUGUUCUUCCUGUGAUUGAAAAGGAAAUUAACCCUGAGAACUUUAAAGAUACCAUGGAAGAGACUGAAGAAAAAGCAGCAGAUCGGCUUCUGUUUAGUUUCCUUAUACUGAUCAGUAAACUCAUCAAAGAAUGCAGCUUCAUCCAGUUAGCCAAGCCCUCCGAGGUCUUGAGUAGCAUCUGGAGUCACGUACACGCUCACUUGAGGCAUCCACACAACUGGGUGUGGCUCACCGCAGCCCAGAUUUUUGGCUUGCUCUUUGCCUCCUGCCAGCCAGAAGAGCUUAUUGGAAAAUGGAAUGCCAAAAAGACUAAAAAGAAGCUCCCAGAACCUGCAGCAGUCAAGUUCCUAACAGGCGAUCUUGACCAAAAGAUGAAAAGUAUCUCUUUAGCUUCUUGCCAUCAGCUGCAUUCUAAAUUUUUGGAUCAAUCUCUAGGCGAGCAGGUUGUUAAGAAUUUGUUGUUUGUAGCCAAAGUCUUGUAUUUACUGGUACCUGAUUCUGACGAUAAGCAAGGUGAGACGGAAGAAGGCAAGGAAGAACAAGAAGCGCUAGGAGAUGAUGUGUCCAACGAGGAAAGGGAAGGACAGGAGGCCUGUGCAGACGAGCAAGCAGAGUCUGACAAGGAAGAGAACAAAGACGCGAAGGCAGAGCCCAGCAAGCCCGCCACGCUGCUCUGGUUGAUCCUCAAGUUGUCCCGGAUGGCAAAACUGGAAGCUGCUUAUUCACCUAGAAACCCCUUAAAGAGAACAUGCAUCUUUAAGUUUCUUGGAGCCAUAGCAAUGGAUCUGGGAGAAGACAAGGUGAAGCUGUACCUGCCCAUGAUCAUAGCGCCUUUGUAUCGAGAACUGAACAGCACCUACUCGGAGCAAGAUCCUUUGCUGAAGAAUCUAUCCCAGGAAAUCAUAGAAUUACUCAAAAAGCUCGUUGGGCUCGAGAGCUUCUCAUUAGCCUUUGCGUCUGUACAGAAACAGGCAAAUCAGAAAAGGGCACUCCGGAAAAAGAGGAAGGCUCUGGAGUUUGUAACUAAUCCUGAUAUUGCUGCCAAGAAAAAGCUGAAGAAACACAAAAAUAAAAGUGAAGCAAAGAAGAGAAAAAUAGAACUCCUGCGUCCUGGCUACAAGGCCAAGAGGCAGAAGAGCCAGAGUCUGAGGGAUUUAGCGAUGGUGGAGUAA